AUGGUGGAGGACCAUGUGGCGGUGAUAGGUGUCGAGGCCGGAGAGAAUCUGAAUCAUCCAACGCUUAAGCUCAUCGGCGGGGAAGGGCUGGUUGGCCUUAGUGGCAUCGACAAUGAUGGUGGCCAAGUCGGUUCUGAGGAACUCGAGGACAAGGAGUACUCGUGCAAAUUGGGAUUAAUUUUGUAUGUAGUGGCUCAAGGAGCCAAGGUUACUUUCACAAACAAAUACAUAUACAUGUUAUGGCCAGUAACCCAAACCGGUGAUCAAAAGCCGCAAUUAUCAACAACAGGUUUCGAGCUGAGUUGGCUCCAGGAGCAUCAAACUCUGUACGUGGACCUUCCAUCACCAUGGUCGAGUGCGUUUCGGGCUCGAACUGAAUGCUCCAACAACAACGGAAGGUUCAACUGCGCCACUGUCGACUGCACCUCCGAUCAAGUCGCAUGCAAUGGUGCUGGUUCAAUCCUGCCGGCAACCAAGGCAGAAAUUACCGUUGCAGAAAACAGAGGACAAGAUUUCUACGACGUGAGCAACGUGGACGACUUCAACAUACCCAUGUCCUUAACCGCACAAGGUGGAAGUGGCGAUUACAAAACCUUAGGUUGUCUUAGGAACAUCAACCAUGUGUGUCCUUCGCAGCUACAACAACCAGGGCCUAGUGGCAAUGUCAUCGCUUGCAAGAGUGCUUGUGUGGCUUUCAAUGCAGAUCGAUAUUGUCACUUAGGAGAUUACUUAGGAGAUCGAUAUUGUUUUGGGGUUUUGUUUAUGCCAGCCCCUUUUCGGCUAGUCUUCAAUAUUAAACCUUUCAAAGAGUAA